CUAAUCAUUAUCCAGACCAGUACCUUCUUCCUCUGCCUCCAGAAAUUAUAUUCGUCUGGUCUUCUUCUGGUAGUCGCCUCGGAUUUGGGGAGGAAGAUCGAGCAGGACGAUGAGCUACUACAACCAACAGCCUCCCGUCGGCGUCCCUCCCGCUCAAGGUUAUCCGCCGGAGGCGUACCCCAAGGGCGCAUACCCGCCGCAGGGAUACCCACCACAAGGGUAUCCGCCGCAGGGUUAUCCCCCGGCGGGGUAUCCUCAGCAGGGAUAUCCACCGGCGGGGUAUCCCCAGCAGGGAUAUCCACCGCCCUAUGCGCAGCCGCCGCCACGCCAGCAGCAGAGCAGCGGGCCGACCUUCCUCGAGGGAUGCUUGGCUGCUCUUUGUUGCUGCUGCCUUCUGGAUGCUUGCAUCUGAGAGUGGUGAGAACUAUAUCAUCUGAAUUUAAGGGGACACCAUUCGCCUAUUUGAAUUAAAAUUCCUCCGGGAAAAUAUAUUGUAAUUAUUGAUCUGUUUUUUAUUUUUAAUCUGAAUUGUUAGGAAACCUCGGUUUGGUGUGUUUUUGUGGUUUUACAUUUAGAUAUUAUUGUCUUCACGGUCUUUGCUGUCUAAUAAGAAUGAAUUGUUUAAUUAA